AUGCCAGACAGUGAGGUCUCCCCAUUGUGCUGUUGUGCAGUGUCGUCAACGCCAAAGAAAGAACAUCCCGUCACGGGCCUGGCCAGUACAAAGACCCGCGACAAAGCAGCAGGGGAACAAGGCCAGCCAGGUCAGUAUAUAGGACCGGCGACAAUGUCUAUUGUUUCCGUCCGCCAGAGACGAAGCUUGCCGGAUCAUUCUAGAACGACUUACAUACAACGUUGCGAUUCGACCGACGUACCCAGACGAUACCAUCACUUACUAUACAGCAUAUCACGUCACAACAUAUCGAGAGAGAAGAAAAACAAAACCCUAUACAAAGAUUGGAGAAAAACAAAACCCACACGGCAGAGGCGACGACGAACAGCUAUGUGCGUCACCAUCACAGAGUACAGCUGCUCCCACAGAGUCCCCUCGACGAAGCCCUGCUUUGAGUACCGAAAGCAGCACGAGCAGUACCAGAAAGCAAAGAGGAGCCAGGGCCUCUUCCGCUGCUUUCUGAGCACCUCCCUCAAGGAACCGCGCUGUCGCGCGCCCCCGGGCCGGGAAGCCGUCUACGGUCGCGUUUGCGAGGCCUGCGCGCGAUCCAUCUUGCAAGGAGAGAGGGAGAAGCAGAGGAGGGAGGAGAGGGCGCGGAAGGAGUCGAAUCUGAAUACCAAGCAGCAGCAGAACCAGAUAGCUCAAGAUUCUAGGCGCCUUGAGAUGACCGUCAAGGAGACGUGGAGGUGUGAGCAGUGCGUGCAGGAGAGACGGACGCCGAGUCGCAGGAUAAGGGCGGCGAACGGGGGGUGCUGUUGCGCGAGGGGCUUGGAGGAACUCACUAACAUGAGACAGGAGCGCGAAAAUCGGAAGAGGAAUGCGAAGGGGAAAGGGAAGGGGAACAGAUAUCCCCAACGACCUGCUGAGCCGCAAAGCUAUACGCAUUAUCAGCGUCCUGGAGCUCCUCGACCAGCUCACAUCCCGAGAAAGAAGGAGCGCACGGCGGAGCUGCAGUACGUGACGAGUACUGAAUUUAUCCGGGGGGCGGCCACCCGAGCGGCAGAUCAAUACGGCUGGAGCCGCUUGCAGAAGAGAGACUCGGAGUUCCUCGAGCCGGAGCUCGUCGAGGCCUACGUCAACAUGCCGGGCGUGGACCCGCGGGUCAUCGGUCAGGGCCCUCGUGUUCCCGUGGGCCACCUCGUCCAGCCAUCCAUUGACUGGGAACGGUGGAACCGCAUGCAUCAGGGCAACCAUGGCAGGUUUCCGUCGGAUAUGCCGCAGGGAGCGACGCCCAUCACCCCGUUGAACAUCCGGAAAGCUAGAAAUGCAAGGCCGAGCCAGAUCUCGAGGAAGCCGGUGCCGUGUCGGAAGUGGAGCAGUUCUGAGGAGUUGCUCGUCUCUUCACAUGAGUCGCCCAGCAGACCGUUGUCGCCUUGCUCGCCGCUUAGCCCGGCGAGUAGGAGCAAGCACCCGGGACGAGAGGUGAGGAAGGAAAUGGAGAAUUUGAACCACCAGAUCGGUGAUUUGAUGAAUAGUUGGAACGCUGACGCACCACCCUCUCCGCAGUCGUGGCACCAACACCAGGACUGGUAUGAGAUCAGGUACUGA